AUGGUGGUGUUGUGUGCGGUAGAGUGGAACCCACCGGAUCCUACCCCCCACGCGUGGUUUUCAUGUAGAAAAUCUACGAAUGGUCAUAUAUAUGAUAGGGAAGAUUUCGGUCACCGAUCCUCAUACAAAGUAAAUUAUAUCUUCUCUUCUGGAAACCAGCAACGUCUCCAACUCCAGGCUAUUCGCCACAAGUCAAUCAUUGAUAUUGUACUAUUAAACUCUACUGGACGGGCCCACGAUCUUCUUUCAUAA